UGUUAAAUGGCGCCUGGGAAAGUACAAUCGUAGAAAUCUUAUAAUAUAACUUUUUUUUGUUAGUGUGUGGGAAAAGUGUUGUGGAUGUAUAUUCGUUACGAUUUUUGCUACUGUGAAUCCAGAAUUUGGGAAAACUUUAAAGUUUUGACUCUUCAAACAGCAUUACAGAUGCUAUAUGUGAUUUUGUUUGGGGUCAACAAAGAUUCACGUCGGACAAUAACUCAGUGUCUUCCUAAGAGCAGACAAUGCUACCAGUUGUAUCCUGCAACUUCUGAAACUUUAAAGACUUCGAAAAGGCUGUGUUUUUCAUUAAGUAGUAUUACCUGGACUGUUAUUGAUGAUCGGUCACGGGAAUAUCAUUUACUGUAGUCAAUACAAAAACCAACAAAUCGGUAAAGAUCCAAGGCAACGACUCCAGAGCUGGUCCAAGCGGUGGAUGCAAAAUAAAAACCAGAUACACUUUAUAUUGUAUACGAUACCAAUCAAUUGAAUAGCUGUAUAUUUUUUUAAUAUGGAGAGUCCGAUCAAGGAAGCACCACUAGCAACACUAUCAGGUGUAGCUCCAUCACUAGAAUCUAGCCCGAAGAAAAGCGAAGAGCUGAUCCUGAUCAAUCCAUACGAAAAACCAGAAGUCACGUUCAAAACCGACAGUCUUUGCUCGUCUUCGUCUUCAUCAUCCUCCGCUUCAGAGUCUGGAGAUGAGGCUGCGAAACCAAAAAUUCCUGACGGAGGGUGGGGGUGGGUUGUAGUGUUUUCAUCACUCUUAGUCUCGAUGAUAGCAGAUGGAGUUAGUUUAUCGUUCGGCCUACUAUUCUCAGAGUUCCUCAUAGAGUUCAAAGCUUCUAGUUCCGAUACUGCUUGGAUCGGUAGUUUAUUCUUGGCUGUUCCUUUAAUUUCAGGGCCUAUUAUGAGCGCCUUAGUGGAUAAGUAUGGAUGCAGAAUGAUGACCUGUGUAGGCGGCACUAUUGCUGCCGCUGGAUUUAUUCUUAGUUGCAGAGCGAAUACCAUUUCUAUUAUGUACCUUACGUUUGGCAUAUUAGCAGGACUUGGUCUUGGACUGUGUUAUGUUACAGCUGUUGUAUCAAUAGCUUUCUGGUUCGAUAAGAAGAGGACGUUGGCUGUUGGAAUUAGCGCCUCAGGGACUGGAGUUGGGACGUUUAUUUUCUCUCCGUUAACCAAUAUUCUUAUUUUCGAGUUCGGAUGGAGAGGAACUACCUUGAUUCUAGGAGGACUCUUCUUAAAUAUGUGUGUCUGUGGAGCCUUAAUGAGGGACCCCGACUGGAUAACCGAACAAAAUAAGUUGAAUCCGAAAUUGUCAAAAUCGAGUAAGUCUAGCAAAACAAGUUUAGUUUCAUUAUCAUCAACGAAUUUUAUGAAAGAUUUGGAUAUUGACGAAUUGAAAGAUGUUUUGAAGAGCGGAAAGAACGUAGAAUAUCUUCUGCAAGGUUUGGAAACAUCUAUCGAUUCAAAUGCUGCCGCUAAGUCGACUUUAAAAAAUAACCAUAAUUCUGUAUUAAAUCUUCCAACGUAUAUUCGUCAAAAUGAGAAAGUGCCUGUUGAAGUAUUAGAACAACUUAGUUCAAAUAGAAAAUUAUAUAACAUAAUUUUAGAAAACUUUCCUAGUUUACUUUUAAGUAGGAGUACAUCCGAUAAAGGUCUAAAUAUAUUAGCUGGAGACGCUUCUCUUGUGGAACGAGUGCCCGUAACAGUUUGUAUGACACUAAAAAAGGAGGAAAAAGAAGAUCAUGGAUUAAACGGCAAGGAAUUAGUACAACAUAAAGAUAAGGAUGUGGAAGCACAGGAACCAUUAUUGGCCGAAAAACGUAGUAAAAAACCUGGAAUCCUAAAAGUUCCAACUGUUCCAAAAAUCAAGGCACAAAUAGCCCAAGCACAAAGGCAAAACUAUUUUAAAAAUCUUAAAGUGCACAGACAGUCACUGAUACACCGUGGAGCCAUAUUUAAUACUCACAAAUAUAGAUUUAAAGCUUCCAGUUGUCCGAAUAUAUACAGAGUGUCUACUCUAACCUUAAAGAAAGAUGAGAACGAGAAAUGGUACGAUGAACUUCUAGAAUUGGUGAAGGGAAUGUGCGAUUUUUCCUUGUUCUUAGAACUACAUUUUUUCUUGCUGUCCCUCUCAACUAUAACCCUUUUUGUUUGGUUUAUAGUGCCGUAUUUUUAUUUGGUGGAACACAUGACAAAACACGAUUAUUCCAACGAAGAUGCUUCACUCACAAUAUCAAACAUAGGUAUCACAAAUACCAUAGGGAUGAUUUUUCUGGGUUGGGCAGGUGAUCAACCGUGGAUGAGUAUUACAAAAACAUACGCAAUGUGCUUAGUACUCACCGGAGUCUCUUGUGCUGGUUUGAUGUUUUUCACGAACAGUUUUAUAAUGAUCGAAUUAUGUGCAGCGUUAUUUGGAGUUUUUGUGGCCAGCACAUACUCCUUCACCCCGGGAAUUAUUGUGGAGCUGGUUCCCUUAGAUCGGUUUACAACUGCAUAUGGUUUGCAGUUAAUGUGUAUGGGCAUUGGUCUUUUGUUGGGUCCUCCAUACGCCGGUCAUCUAUAUGAUGUCACCAACAGUUGGCAACAAGCCUUUUACCAGGCGGCAAUUUGGAUGGUAAUCUCAGGGUUAAUGAUAGGCAUCAUUCCCUACACAAAAAAUAGAAAGAUUUUCGGCAAAGGACCAGUGGAAAAAGUAGUUGAAGAUUCUGAAGAUAGACUUUGGAUUACUACCUCUAUUAUUGCAGUUUUUCUCAUAUUAACUGUAAUUGUUAUGUAUUUUACGAUUAUGUGUCUUUUAUAAGUAUUAAGAAGUAUUACUUAUGUAUUUUUGAAGAUAAUACAAGUUUCUCUCGUAUAUUCAACUUAAAUAUGCAUUAUAAAAUUUCAUGUUAUUAUAUUUGAUUCGAAUACUGAGAUUAAUAUAUACUGUUUCAACC